CGCGCAUCAGUUACAACCCAGAAGACAGACCGCAGCCGCGCUGGAGGGAACAGGAUAACCGGGAGAUUCACUUUAAAUGAAGAGAAACAUGUGAAGACCCUUGCAGAGAUUUGACCUGCAAGUUUGACCUGCAACCUUCAACAACAGAAAGGCGAAGGUCUCCUCCAUUCCUUCCCUCGUUGGUUCUCUCUGCUUCCUCUGCAGUUUCCUUGGAGGCCCAUCAACCAUGGCGGGCCGGCGGGCUACAUGCAGGACUUUAUCGCCUGACCCUAAAGUAGGAGCUAUGGCUACUCUGCUAGGCUUUUGGCUCUUAGCGAUCCCUGUCUUGUGCAGCGGGCAGACAUUCACUAAUUUCCACCCCGAGCGUCGGGACUGGUUGUUCAACCACCUGACGGUUCACCAGACCACGGGGGCAUUGUACGUUGGAGCAGUCAACCGAGUGUACAAGCUCUCAGGCAACCUGACCCUCCUCGUUUCCCACGAUACAGGCCCAGAGGAUGACAACAAGGCCUGCUACCCCCCUCUGAUUGUGCAGCCCUGUUCUGAGCCCCUUGUCUCAACCAACAAUGUCAACAAGCUUCUCCUCAUUGAUUAUUCCCAAAAUCGGUUGCUGGCCUGUGGCAGCCUCUACCAGGGUGUCUGCAAACUCCUCAGAUUGGAUGACCUCUUCAUUUUAGUGGAGCCCUCCCACAAGAAAGAGCACUACCUCUCCAGUGUCAACCAGACUGGGACUAUGUACGGGGUCAUUGUGCCUUCGCAGGGCCAGGAUGGCACCCUGUUUAUUGGCACAGCAGUAGAUGGAAAACAGGACUACUUUCCUACCAUCUCUAGUCGAAAGCUGCCCCGCGAUCCAGAGUCUUCUGCGAUGUUAGACUAUGAACUGCACACUGACUUUGUGUCCUCCCUCAUCAAGAUACCGUCAGACACACUGGCACUGGUCUCCCACUUUGACAUCUAUUAUGUGUUCGGCUUUGCCAGUGGCAGCUUUGUUUACUUCUUGACUGUGCAGCCCGAGACGCCAGAGAACAGCAUGUCAUCAAGCGGAUCCACCAGUGACCUCUUCUACACUUCUCGCAUUGUCCGCCUCUGCAAAGACGAUCGCAAGUUUCACUCCUAUGUGUCUCUGCCUGUUGGCUGUGUGAAGAACGGCGUUGAGUACCGGCUGCUGCAGGCCGCCUACCUCGGCAAGCCAGGCCGCGUUCUCGCUUCCUCGCUCAACAUCAGCGCUCAAGAUGAUGUGCUCUUCACCAUCUUCUCCAAGGGCCAGAAGCAGUUCCAUCGCCCACCGGCUGAUUCGGCCCUCUGCGUCUUCACCAUCCGAGACAUCAACGCACGUAUCAAGGAGCGCCUGCAGUCCUGCUACCAGGGAGAAGGAAAUCUGGAGCUCAACUGGCUGCUUGGGAAGGAUGUGCAGUGCACCAAAGCGCCGGUGCCCAUUGAUGACUCUUUCUGUGGUCUGGACAUCAACCAGCCGCUUGGUGGUUCUCAACUGGUGACCGGUCACACGCUCUACACCGAGACUCGAGACCGAAUGACUUCUGUCACCUCCUAUGUCUACAAUGGUUACUGUGUAGCCUUUGUGGGCACCAAGAGUGGGCAUCUAAAGAAGAUUCGCGUCGACGGACCGCCUCACGGUGGUGUCCAGUAUGAGACGAUAAUGGUCAUCAAGAACGGCAGCCCUGUCCUGCGAGAUAUGGCUUUCUCCCUCGACCGCAACUACCUCUACGUCAUGUCUGAGAGACAGGUCACCCAAGUUCCAAUCGAGUCAUGUGAGCAGUAUGCGACCUGUGGAGAGUGUUUGAGCUCCGGGGACCCACACUGUGGCUGGUGUGUCCUGCAUAAUAUCUGCUCUCAGAGGAACCGGUGUGAGCACGCAGAUGAGCCGUACCGUUUCACCGCCUCUCUCAACCAGUGUGUGAAGGCCACUGUGUACCCCGACAGCAUUGCGGUCUCAGAGACCAGUGUACCUCUGCUGGUGAAGGUGAGCCACGUUCCAGACCUUUCGGCGGGCAUCACUUGCUCCUUCGGCAACCUGACGGAGGUGGAGGGGCAAGUCAAUGGCAACCAGAUACUAUGUGUGUCCCCCACUGCGAAGGAUGUCCCCCUCAUUCCCAUCGACCAAGAUUGGUCAGGCGUUGAGCUGAGGCUCAACUCUAAGGAGACUGGUCAGAUGCUUAUUAGCACAGAGGUCAAGUUUUACAACUGCAGCGUCCACCAACUGUGUCUGUCCUGUGUAAACAGUGCCUUCCGAUGCCACUGGUGCAAGUACCGCAACUUAUGCACCCAUGACCCCUCCAGCUGUUCUUUCCAGGAGGGACGAGUCAACGCCUCUGAGGACUGUCCCCAACUGGUGCGUUCCGAGGAGAUUCUGAUCCCGGCGGGGGAGGUGAAGCCUAUCACCCUGAAGGCGAAGAACCUGCCCCAGCCCCAGUCAGGUCAGCGGGGCUACGAGUGUGUCCUCCACAUCCAGGGGGUCAGCCACCGAGUCACCGCCCUCCGCUUCAACAGCUCCAGCGUGCAGUGCCAGAACAGCUCAGUAGGUUUUGGUGACGCGUGCCCAGGUUGUGCCAAGUAUAUGUACGAGGGAAUGAAAAUCAGUGAGCUGCCUGUGGAUUUCUCGGUGGUGUGGAACGGCAACUUCAUUAUUGAUAACCCGGAGAAUAUCCAAGUGCACCUGUACAAGUGUGCAGCCCAGCGAGACAGCUGCGGCAUGUGUCUGAAGGCGGAGAGGAAGUUCCAGUGCGGCUGGUGCAGCGGAGAGGGAAGGUGCACUCUGCGGCACCACUGCCCUGCCCUCAACCCUUACACCACCCGCUGGCUAAACCUGGCCAGUAAGAAUGUCAAGUGCACCAACCCACGCAUCUCUGAGGUGACCCCAGUGGCUGGGCCGCCAGAGGGAGGCACACGGGUGACCAUCCACGGCACGAACCUUGGCCUGGCCUUCUCAGACAUGGUGGGCAACGUGGAGGUGGCUGGGGUGAGGUGUACCCCUGUAGAGGAUGGCUACAUCAUCGCUGAACAGAUUAUAUGUGAGAUGGAUGCCGCUCCUGCAGACAGUCGACCUGGUCCGAUCCAGCUGUGCAUUGGAGAGUGCCGACCAGAACUGAGGGCUCGCUCCUCGCAACUCUUCUCCUUUGUGACUCCCACAGUCACAGGUCUGUCCCCGAGCAGAGGUCCAGAGUCCGGGGGCACGAAAGUAACCAUAGUGGGAGAAAACCUCGGCGCCGGCAGCAAUGUCAACGUUCAGUUUGGAAACCAGACGUGCGAGUUCUUUGGACGGACCAUGACGGAGAUAGUGUGUUACUCCGCCCCUUCCCUGUCUGGGGUUGGCAAAGUGCUGAUCAGCGUGAGCGUGGACCGCGCCCAGAUCAGGGAGAACCUCACCUUCGAGUACAUAGAGGACCCCACUGUCCAGCGCAUCGAACCAGAUUGGAGCAUUGCAAGCGGCCACACCCCUCUGAUGGUGUCAGGGACCAAUCUGGACGUGAUUCAGGAGCCCAGGAUCCGUGUCAAAUAUGCCGGCAGAGAGUCCAUCAAUGUGUGUAAAGUAUUGAACACCACCAGUAUGAGCUGCUUCGCUCCCUCCCUGAUUGCAGAGUACAGUCCCGGUUUGGACACAGUAAAGCACGCAGACGAGUUUGGGUUCAUCUUCAACAACGUCCAGGCGCUGCUGAUCUACAACAACACCAACAUCCUCUACUACCCAAACCCUUACUUUGAGCCCCUCAGCUCUAAUGGAGUCCUGGAGCAAAAACCAGGCUCACCCAUCAUUCUCAAGGGCAGAAACCUGGUCCCGCCAACAUCGGGAGGGGUGAAGCUUAACUACACGGUGCUGAUCGGAGAGACUCCCUGCUUGGUCACUGUGUCGGAGAGCCAGUUGCUCUGUGAGCCGCCCAACCUCACCGGACAAUAUAAAGUCAUGAUUCAUGUGGGUGGUCUUCACGUCUCUCCUGGUGCAGUCCACAUCAUGUCUGACAGCCUUCUGACCCUUCCGGCCAUCGUCAGCAUUGCUGCCGGCGGAGGCCUCCUUCUCAUCAUCGUCAUCCUCGUCCUCAUCGCCUACAAGCGAAAGUCACGUGAAAAUGACCUCACGCUGAAGCGCUUGCAGAUGCAAAUGGACAACCUGGAGUCACGAGUUGCCCUAGAGUGCAAAGAAGCCUUUGCAGAGCUGCAGACGGACAUCAAUGAGCUGACCAGUGACCUAGACAGAGCUGGUAUCCCCCAUCUGGACUACAGGACAUACACUAUGAGGGUCCUCUUCCCCGGCAUAGAGGAUCAUCCUGUCCUCAGAGAACUGGAGGUGUCAGGGAACGGCCAGCUGAAUGUUGAGAAGGCCCUGAAGCUGUUUGGACAGCUCAUCAACAACAAGGUGUUCCUGCUCACCUUCAUCCGGACACUAGAAAUGCAACGCUCAUUCUCCAUGAGGGACCGUGGCAACGUGGCCUCGCUUAUCAUGACGGCCUUGCAGGGGCGACUGGAGUACGCCACCGACGUCCUGAAACACCUGCUGUCGGACCUCAUUGACCGCAAUCUGGAGAGCAAGAACCACCCCAAGCUGCUGCUGCGCAGAACGGAGUCGGUUGCAGAGAAGAUGCUUACAAACUGGUUCGCCUUCCUCCUCCACAGAUUCCUCAAGGAGUGUGCUGGGGAGCCUCUGUUCAUGCUGUACUGCGCCAUCAAGCAGCAGAUGGAAAAGGGGCCCAUCGACGCCAUCACAGGAGAGGCCCGGUACUCCCUUAGUGAAGACAAGCUCAUCCGCCAGCAGAUCGAGUACAAAACCUUGACCCUGAACUGUGUGAACCCCGACAACGAGAACAGUCCAGAGAUUCCCGUCAAGGUGCUCAACUGUGACACCAUCACCCAAGUGAAGGAGAAGAUACUGGACGCCGUUUACAAGAACAUGCCCUAUUCUCAGCGGCCACGCGCCGUCGACAUGGACCUCGAGUGGCGCCAGGGGCGAAUGGCUCGUGUGGUGUUGCAGGAUGAAGACAUCACUACCAAGAUAGAAAAUGACUGGAAGAGACUCAACACUCUGAUGCACUAUCAGGUGUCAGACCGCUGUGUUGUGGCUCUGGUGCCCAAACAGACCUCAUCGUACAACAUCCCGUCAGCCAGCAUGUCCCGCACCUCGAUCAGCAGAUACGACUCUUCAUUCCGCUACACGGGCAGUCCCGACAGCCUCCGCUCCCGUGCUCCCAUGAUAACCCCCGAUCUAGAAAGCGGUGUAAAGGUGUGGCACUUGGUGAAGAACCACGAACACGGGGACCAGAAGGAAGGAGACCGCGGUAGCAAGAUGGUCUCUGAGAUUUAUCUGACCAGGCUGCUAGCUACCAAGGGCACUUUACAAAAAUUUGUCGACGACCUAUUUGAGACGUUGUUCAGUACAGUUCACCGAGGGAGCACUCUUCCCCUCGCUAUCAAAUACAUGUUUGACUUCCUGGAUGAGCAGGCAGACAAACAUGACAUUCAUGACACAGAUGUACGUCACACGUGGAAAAGCAACUGCCUCCCGUUGCGUUUCUGGGUGAACGUGAUCAAGAACCCGCAGUUCGUGUUUGACAUCCAUAAGAGCAGCAUCACGGACGCCUGCCUGUCGGUGGUAGCUCAGACCUUUAUGGAUUCCUGCUCCACUUCGGAGCACCGCCUGGGAAAAGACUCUCCAUCUAAUAAGCUACUCUACGCUAAAGAUAUCCCUAAUUACAAGAGCUGGGUAGAAAGGUAUUAUGCUGACAUCAACCGGAUGCCGGCCAUCAGUGACCAGGACAUGAACGCCUAUUUGGCAGAACAGGCCAGACUCCACUCCACAGAGUUUAACAUGCUCAGCGCUCUGAAUGAGAUCUACUCUUACAUCAACAAGUACAGUGAGGAGAUCACAGCAGCCCUGGAGCAAGAUGAACAGGCGAGGAAGCAGAGGUUGGCCUACAAGGUGGAGCAGCUCAUCUCUGCCAUGUCCCUCGAGAGCUGAGAGUGGCCGCGACUCAAAGAGAAAGAGGACGAGAGAGAGACAGGACCACUGUCUCUACAGAGCCUCCCAAAACGUACCUCUCAUCGUGGGAGCGACCACCACGAACCCGACCUGGGACCUCUCUGCAUCCAAAGCCGGACAGACAUACAACUGCUUUAGUUUGUCAUUCUUUCACCUCCUUCCAUGAUGGCACCAGCUAAAGGCCCACAGACUAAGAUAGAGGACCCGGAAUGGCAUCAGCAGAGAAGGCAGCAAAAAGGCUUCUUUUUUUAUUUUGUUCUCCCUAUCUUUUUCUCUCAGUUUGAAAGGAAAUUAGUUGCGUGUGUGUGUGUGUGUGUGUGCGUGUACAUGAGUGUGUCUUUGUGUCGUACUGAGGAAAAAUCCUGCAAGACCGUGAGAGCAAAUGGAGGAACAAAUGUAUUCCCCGACCAGACAGGAACUCACAUUUGAGAGUGAAAUGGAGACAAAAAGAAGCAGAAGAGCAGAUCUCAUGUUGGACAGCUGAGUUUGCAUUCAGAUUUCUCAGAUUUUAUUUUUGUACUUGUACAUUUGAAUAUUAUCAGUUACAGUUGAAGAAGAAAAAAUCCACCCCGGAUUCCAUAAGUGUUGUUGUAUAAAGACUUGAAAAGUGCAACACUCCAUCAGCGUAGUGCGGAAGUGGAAUGGGCCGUGGUCCAGGUCUUCUCUCACUCCUCCCCCUCUUGGGCCGAUGCUCUACUUGACUUAGGCAGAAACCUCUGCUUUUUAUCCAAUCACAAGUGUACAGGAAAACAUGAACCUUGGGCUCAUCACCGAAGAGUCGACGGUACUCCGCUUGUCGGGGUCAUAGUUCAGCCAGCAUGCUUGCACCUAAACAGAGUAACGGAGAUGAAGUCUAUCGUGUAUUUAGAGGAUGACUUUAAAUCAGCAUCAAUCUGGUGUCCAAGGCUCUUUUUUUUCCAGCAGUUAUAUCAUCUGUGUAUGUACUGACUGAUACUGGCCAAUCAGUGUAUGUGAAUGUACAAAUGUUUUUACUUUGUUUCUUUGUCUAUUUGAGUUGUGCAAACAGAAAGGGGCUCAGUUGAACUGAGCGCCAUGGAUAUUUGCAGUAGCGCGUCAAGUGAACAACUCCAUUUGUCCGUCCUGGCCCCAGCCCAUCCAGCUGCUUCCCAAACUUUUAUUUACCCUUUUAUAUAGCUCCUACACCACAGUAUGUGCAGCUCGCAGCUAGUAGGAACCACACAAGAGCAGUUGGUCUCUGUAGGCUCAAACUCUCAUUUAUAUAACCACCGUGUGUAUCUCUUUGGGGACUUUAUGUGUACUUUGCAUGCAUGCUAUCACACAUCCGAAGUGUUCUAAGGGUCCAUCUUUGAUUUGUAUCAAGUGCCAAUGAGUCAUGCCAGCUCUUGUUGGCCCGUUGAGGUGUUAGCUGAUGGGAGUUCCCGACCACACAGACAAUACGAAUUCCAGCUCCGUGGGUUCAGUUUGAACGAGUGCCAAAAGAUGCUGUUGUUUGAAAUUGUUCACUAAUGUGUAUUAAAAAAAAAUCGGUUCAUGCUUUACAGAGGGAGCAACGCUCUCAAAGCUCACGCGUUGGAGCGUCGAGCCGAUUAUAACUGGAAUGGUGAGUUUUGUGAGAGGUACGAAACGUAAGCAGGAGAAAAGGGAUCUGGGGAAUGAGGAAGAAAACAUGAAAAGCACAAAGACAUAAAUGUGCCGUGUUUCAUGUUGUGUGAGUGCGUCUCCUAACUUCAACCAAAACGUCACAGGUUAAAAGGCUGAUGUUACCGUUCAGCCUUCUAGCUGCUUGAUGACAAACUGAGAUUCCAUCCUCUGGAUACGUAAUUUAAUAUUUUGUUCCGGGAUAUAUGUUUGCUUGUUGUUUACAUCAAGUACUUGAAAAUAGGUAGUAUUAAAGGUUUGCACAGUAUACUGCACUUGUGUGUGUUGAGCGCAUGAUAAACACCAGUAGUGGGUGAAAGGUGCUACUUUUCUCUGUGGCCUUAGAUUCCCACCUGCUUAGUGUUCCUGAUCUUAUUAGUCCUCGACUCGGGCGCAGUCCUUUCAGUCCUUGCCGGCACUCUGCUGAGAACUGUCUUAGCGAGAUAAAGUAAAAGGAAAGGUGAAGAGGCGGCAGCCAGGCUCAGGCAGACAUUGUCUCGCUCAGCACUCGGCUCGCCUGAGCUGUUUGAAGAGAAGUGUAGAGAAAUGAGGAGAGAGCGAGAGGUAGAGAGAGAGAGAGAGAGAGAGAGAGAACCCCUUUAGCUCUAGGUUCCUGCUCCGGCUUUGAAGCUGCUCUUUGAUCUGAGUCAGGUGUGUGCACAGUGUGAUCAGAAGAUGGAAAGAAGGAGAAGAAAAAAAACAUCAAACUAACAUGCAAGGAGAAAUGUAGAAUGAGGUGAUGAUUGACAUGUUAUUACUAUGUCUGGCCAGUGGGAGCAAAAGAGGGAAGGAGUCGUUGUAAUUUGUUCCUUAAUUUGAAAAGGUACCUUCUCACUCCCCCUCUUAAUACACAUCUAGAGGUACACCGUGGCGCAGAUAUACAGUACAUACACAAAACGAGCUUCUUCCUUUUGAGGUGUCUUCCCAAUUUCAGCAUAUAGAAUUGUAUCCUCCUCAUACCUCACAUUGCUUGUAUGGAGUAAUGCUUUUAUCAUUUUAACAGGACCUAAAUGCCUUUUCCUUUUUUGCAAGGGAUGAAAAAUGUAUGUUUAUUACAGUAUUUCCGACCCUUACAUGAGCUCUCCUAUAUUCAGAAUUGUGACUAACGUAAUCAGAGGCACACAAAUUGGUUGAAAGUGGCUUUGAUUUUUCUCUCAGAGAUCAUUCAUAUCAGGAUGUUUUCUUUUGUCUUGUGUGAGAUUUUUGCACGCAUUUUAAUUCAUGCUCGGUAUUCCAUAUCAAUCCACGCCAUCAUUAGUCUAGCUGCAUUCCUUCCCGAAAGCCCAUCCGUACACAUCUUGCAUCACAGCUGAAUGCACCUUUUUUUGUGAAAGAGAUUUUUUUUUUGCCAGAUAUCGCUUGUUUCCAUGCCGUACGCUCAUUUCUGAGAACGUUUAAAAUUUAGUUUUAAUUGAAAAGAGAAUAAUUAGUUUACUCUUACUGCAGCGCAGAAUCCCAAUUGACUGCCAGUUGUGUAAGAUAUGGAUAGAUUGUCAUAAACACAACCUCUUUUCAUCUCAAACUGAUUGCUGAUUGAAGAUGCUUUUGCACUUUUGUUGCUCUCGGUGUAAUGUGUUGCCGAGGAAAUGGUGUUGUGGUUUUUUCGGCUGGCACGUGUCAUUCCUGAUACAAAACAAAGCAUUUAAUCAGCAUUUUUGUUUGCUUCAUGGCAAUUUAAAUCCCGAUCAAUGUAUUACUCCCAAGUCAAAAUAUCAUAAAGUAUAAAAUGAAUAUUCUUCCAUUUUACACACAUUGUAAACAAACCCUUUGUAGACACUGGAGUUCUGUAAAAUAGUAAUUACUGGCGAUGACGAUGAUAAUAAUAAUGGCUGUCUGUUCUUCUUGUUUUAUAAAAGUGUUGUGAAAAUUGUAAGAAACUUAAAGUAUUUAAAAAAGGUUGUUCUCUUGUUUUUUUAUUUGCUUUGAUUUUGUUAUGAUAAUAUAUUAUUGUGUACCUAUUGUAAAUAUGAAGCACACCUAUUUUGCAAGCCAAGGAUUCACUUUGUACUGUUGUUAUAUAUAAAUAAACUUUGCUGGUUAAAAAUUG